ACGUCACCAUCAUCAUUCCUUCCCGUCUCUCCUUCCGCUGCUAGCAGAGUUAGCACUAGCACGUUAGCUCCCAGCAGCUGUCGGUGGCAGUCAGUCAGUCCGAGUGGUGGUGCAUUUGUAAUCAUCAUCCUCCUCCUUCCCUCCCGUAGAAAAACCGUGGACGGCCGGGUUGUUUCUUCGGGGGCCAGUUGCUUCACCUCUCCGGGCGACCUGCGGUAAAAUAUUGUUGUCCUCGCCGUCACGACAGGAAGAAGCCCUGGGACAUGGCCAGACCAGAACAAGUCCUGGUGCUAGAGCCACAACAAGAACUGAAAUUCAGAGGCCCGUUUACAGAUGUCGUCACUGCCACUUUGAAGCUCACCAACCCCACAGAUAGAAAUGUGUGUUUCAAAGUCAAGACAACCGCACCUCGCAGAUACUGUGUGCGCCCAAACAGCGGCAUCAUUGACUCUGGCACCUCCAUCAAUGUCUCUGUUAUGCUACAGCCUUUUGACUACGACCCCAAUGAAAAGAGUAAACACAAAUUCAUGGUGCAGUCCAUGCUGGCUCCAUACGACAUGACUGACAUGGAAGGAGUUUGGAAGGAGGCAAAGCCUGAAGAACUGAUGGAUUCAAAGUUGAGAUGUUCAUUUGAGAUGCCUCUAGAAAAUGACAAAACUCAUGAGAGUGAAAGCAACAAAACUGUGUCUUCCUCUGCCUCCUCUGUUAAGACUGAGCACUCCACGCUGCCCAAGUCAGCCAGUGCUUCGCUUGAUGACGGAGAGGUGAAGAAGAUCAUGGAGGAGUGCAAGCGGCUGCAGAUGGAGGUGCAGAGGCUACGGGAAGAAAACAAACAGAUCAGGGAGGAUGAUGGGCUGCGGAAGAGAAAGGGGCCCUUAGUGGCUGCUCCUCACUCUUCGUCCAUGGCGACCUCGGCCAUGAGGGACGAAGCUCUAAGCACCCGUGUCCUGGCGCUCUGCGUGCUCUUCUUUGUCAUUGGAGUCAUCAUUGGCAAGCUGGCCCUGUAGAGACACAGACAGACAGAGCACAGUGAUAGAUGGAUGGACGGCGUGCUCGGGAGGACACGCGUCAAUGACGGCAACGGAGAUGUCUUCUGGGUUUAUGUUGAUUUCUCUUUCUUUUUUUUCUUUUUUUUUAACAUUUAAGGCAAUAUCAUGAUGGUUUGUCUGGAUGGAAAAUAAUUUAAUGUGUAAAAAGAAAACAAAGGAAGGCGAUCCCAAGUUAAACCAUGAGUGCGAGCGUUUUUGUCACAGGUCUUGCCUUUUUUUUUUUUGUUUUUUUUUUUGUGAAAUAAUCACCACCUCUGAUCUGUUCUUUCCGUCCAUCCCUCCUUCCUAAUGAUCUUCCGCAACUUGCACAGGUAACAGUUAGUGGUGUGUGGAAGUGGCUUCACGCUGGCUAAAUGUCAAAAGUCAUUCAUUGAUUCUUAAGUCUUCAAGUUCCUCACUCACAUUGUCUGUAAGAAAGAUCUAACACUCCUCAUCUGAUAAUCUCUCUUCCACUUAUUACUGAUAAUAUGUAAGGAGAGGUGAACACAAGUGAUCAGUGAAAGACUUUUUUUCUAGACUCAAACUCUAUGUAUUGUCUUCUAAAGAGUAUGUGGUAAAAAUGUGAGCCAGUAAAAGCUGUGCAUGUGUGUGUAUGUACGUCUUCUUGAUUUUGCCUCCUGCAGGAGGGCUGAUGUGACUGCGUGUGGAGGUUUUUAUGUAAGGAGACCACAAAUGGUGAAAUCACAGGCUGUAUUAGAAUGAAGAGAAGAGGGGUGGUUUGUAAACAAAGCUAUCAUCUGAACACAUUUCCUCUACAGAACAGAAAAUGGGGUGUUUGUUGAAAAUCAGAUUAAAGCCUUUGAUCAUUUCAGUCGCUAACCAGACUAAGGAAUCAGUAGAAAUUCAAUAAAUCUAUUUUUGGGCCAUAUGUAAAAUAUAACUCAGUAAAAUCAAGAUUAUGAUAAAGAAUUUAUGCUACACAGUGAUCUAGUACAAAAACACAACUGUAGUUAACACUUUAAUUUUCUUGAUAGUUCCUCAAGUUGAGAGAAACAAAAAAAUUCCCUUCAAGCAGUAAACUUGUCAUGCAAAACCAACUCGGACAUUUUCAAAAUAUAACAUACAGUAUGUAACAAUAGUUUGGCCACCUAGUUUAAUUUUGCCCAUGGAUUACUGUAUCUGCGUCCUCUAGUGUAUUACAGCAGUUGUUUGCUUUUUUUUCUCCUUAUAUUAUCAUUUAGCCACGAUGCUUCUGAUGUUUAUAAUAUUCAAAUGCACUAUAUUCAAGUGUCCACUCAGCAGUCUGCAUGAAAUGACAUGGAUUUAUUAUGAUUAUUAUUAUCUUCUCUUUUUUUUUUUGAGUGUUGAAGUUAUUUUAGCAAAACAAGGAAAAUUACUGUCUUUUCAAAAGGGACCAUCUUGAGGCUGGUUUAUCAGUUUGUGUGUGUUUGUUUCCUUUCGAUUAUAUUUUUCUUUUGUUUCCUGUUGGGCUCUGGUGGUUGCGAGAUAACAGAGACAACACAGCUGUAUUAUCUCGGCUAUCACAUGACCAUCUAAGCAGGUUGGUUAAAAAAGAAAAAAGAAUAAAUAUCUGUAUUUUUUGUUGCCAGAGGGAGCUCGGGGAGCAAAGAAGUAGGAAUGUGGGCGGCUGGGAGGAGGACUGACCUGUGAAUACACACUACAUUAAAGAAAAAGGCAUCAGUGCUUCAGACCACACAUGCAAAGAUACAGUCACACAAUGUAAUCACACAAUAAUUGGAUACUCUUUUGUAUGUAUAUAAAAAUAAAAAGACUUAAAAAGAUAACUGGCAAAGUUAUUAACAUACUGUAGUAAAGGAAGAAAUCAAUUAAACAACCACCAUGGAUCAUCAUAAUGUAGCAUCAUAAUGAAUUAAAAUCCAUAAACCCCCAA